AUGUUACUCCCCAGGAUAUCAUCUCCCCUGCUCCCCAGGCAGGAAGCCUCCCCUCCUACGAAUCAGCAACCUACUCUCAUCCGCACCGGUACCCUCUCCCUCCCCGUCAUCAUCGUCAUCGCCGUCCUCGCCGUAGCCGCCUUCUUCAUCGCCGUGCUCACCACCUACUGCGUCCUCACCAAGCGCUGGGCCACCAAGCGCCACGACCUAGAGCCGCCGCUGCCACCCGCAAACUCCGACGCCGUUGCUGCCGCCAAAGAGCCGAGCUUGAGACUCAAGUCCAAGGCGCGGCGCGCCCGAAAACUCCGCACCCUUGUAUUUCAGCAGCACGAGCCGGGUGAACACGGCUACUUUGCGCCUUUGUAUCUCCCCGACGAGCACCCUGCGCGAGAAAGCCGCCGGCGGAUGGACGCUGACAGGCUCGCGGAUGUAAAGAGGUAUGUCCUUGAGGUGUACGAUCCGGCCGUGUUGGACAGGGAAGAGAUUAAGCCGCCGGCGGGUGCCAAGUUGAGGUCUUUUCGUGAGAAGGAGACAAGACCGUGA